AUGGCUUCCAAAGACAAUGGCAUCACGGCCCUCAACCCACCCAAGGGGACCGACCUCUCCCUCGUCGUCAUCUUUCUUACCCUGGCCCUCUACAGCGUCACGGAGCUUAUCUUCGUCAUACCGACAACCUUCAAGCGGCGCGGCGGGCAAUACUUUUGGUUCUUUGUGCUCGCAACGUGGUCCAUAGUGCCAUACUCAGUUGGGUUCAUGCUAAAGGGGCUCGCGGUCCUACCCCAGGCCAUAUAUCUCUGGGUCGUCUUUUGCUACAUGGGCUGGGUUGGCAUGGUUCUUUUCCAGUCGCUGGUCAUGUGGUCGCGCCUCCACCUCAUCGUCAACAGCCCGCGUCGGCUCCGGCUCAUCCUUUAUAUGAUAAUAUUCGACGCCAUCAUAUGCGACGUGCCGGUCGCCGUGCUGGCCUUUGGCUCCAACAGCCCCCACCCGGAGCACUUUGUGUCCAUCUACGCAUUCUGGGAAAGCAUGCAUGUCACGAUAUUUGCCCUCCAGGAGCUGAUCAUCUCGGGCGUCUACGUGUGGGAGACGUCCAAGCUGCUGCGGAUCGGGCGGGACAACGGCGCGACAUUCAACCUCCCGGCGCGGAGCAAGGUCUUGAGGCACCUGAUCUACGUCAACAUCAUCGUCGUGGUCCUCGACGUCCCGACCCUGGCCAUGUACCGGCCCGCGUCCACGCUGCCCAUCUUCGGCGGCAGCAGCCGGCCGGUCGGGGCCGCGGCGACGUCGACCUCGGGCCCGACGACCCUCAACUCGCGAUGCGACCCGCUCCGGAGCCCGAGCACGCUGCACAGCCCCCGGCCCCCGGGCUCGCUCAGGUGGCUGUCGCGCCGGUAUGGGCGCAACGCCGAGCUGGACGCCACCGGGACCGGCCCGAGCAUCAUCUUGCCCAAAGUGGAGGACGGCGCCGGCGAGGCUGUGCGCGCCAUCUAG